AGUGUUUGUUAUAUCUGUAUAGUAGUGUAUGAUAUGAGACAAUGCAUUGACUUGAAUAAGGGGUACAACAUUGGCAUAGAGUGGGGGCACUGGUGUUAGGCAUUGAACUGUAGUUAUACUGUACUGUAGUGUGCGUUCAGUACUGGCAUUGAGUGUUAAAGUGUUUGUUAGUAUUGUUCAUACAUUUCAUACAUUGAAGUGACUGUUAAUACAUAGAUAUCUAUAGCCAUAGUAUACAUACAUUUGACUGCUAUUCAUACAAAUCAUACAAACAGAGUGUCGUAUAAGUUGGCCAUUACUUUAUAGACCAACUUUACCGCCGAUUGAUGCCAUUGUGACGGAUAUGACAGACCAGUCGACACUUCUGCUCAGAAAACAACUAAAUGACCUCAAGAAGAAUCCUGUGGAGGGCUUUUCUGCGGGUCUCGUCGAUGACGAUGAUAUCUACCUCUGGGAAGUGCUCAUCAUUGGACCGCCGGACACACUAUAUGAGGGCGGUUUCUUUAAAGCACAGCUAACUUUCCCCAAAGAUUAUCCUUUAAGACCACCUAAGAUGAGGUUCAUAACCGAAAUAUGGCACCCGAACAUCGACAAAAACGGAGACGUAUGUAUAUCUAUACUCCAUGAGCCGGGAGACGAUAAAUACGGCUACGAAAAGGCAUCGGAACGUUGGCUACCCGUGCAUACCGUUGAGACAAUUCUCAUAUCUGUAAUAUCUAUGUUGGCCGACCCUAAUGAUGAGUCACCCGCCAAUGUAGACGCAGCGAAGGAAUGGCGAGAAAGCUUCUUAAGUUUCAAGAAAAAAGUGGCUCAAUGUGUCCGCAAGAGUCAAGAAAUCUAAUACUAAAUUCUUUUUUACGUAAUAGAAGUCUAGAAUUAUUCAUCACUUCAUACUAACGAAUCAAUUCAUAUAUUUUCUAUAUUUUUCCGAUUUGGUUAAAGCGUUAAUUAUUUAAUAUUGAUGUCUUAUUUAAUUUUAUUUAAAGAUUACCGUAGCUUAAAAUGUUUUUUUAAAUAUUUACAUUUAUAAUU